AUGAACACCUACCUAUCUCACCCUUCCUCCCUUUCCUUCCACUCCAUGCCUGAACCCCCCUCCUCCAUCACCUACCACAACCACAACCACAACCACAACCACAACCACAACCGCGACCUCGCUCUCCAGACCUAUCUCGCUCUGCACUCCCAGCACGAAUCCCUGAUCCAACACCUUGACGAACUCCGCCCUUCCAGCCCUUCCACCUCCCCCACGCGCUCCGGCCCCCACCAUUCGCACGACGGCGGCCGCUCCUCCCCGCUCCCUCGACAGCGUCAACGCAGCGGAUUCGGUUGUAUGUCCGCUACCGCCACCGCCACCGCUCCCACCUUUGGCGGCAGUUCUUCCUCGCUUGCCAGCUCGUCGGUGCUGGAUGACCAGACACUGCUGCACCACGCAGCGGAAGUGGCGCUGGAAGAAGCCAAGCUGUGCGAUGUCAACGAGGGCAUCAAGCGCACGCUGACGGAGCUGUUGAACUGCGAGGCGACGAGAGGGGAAGGGAACAGGCAGUUUCGGAGCUGGGUGCAGGGACGGUUGAUGGAGGCGGAGAGGGAGUUGAGGAGGGGAAGGAGGAGGAGGAGUGCGGGAUCGGCUUGUGGGGGUGAGUAA